CCUCCAUUCCUGUAUGAGAUUUAAAAAAACUACCUCAGACUAUACAAACUCAUUGUGACAGUAUUCCAUUGUAACAAUAUUUCAUUGUGACUAUUCCAUUAUAAAAUGUCCACCACUCACAGAAUUGAGACCGAUGCCUUUGGCGAGAUCGCGGUGCCAUCAGACAAGUACUGGGGCGCCCAGACUCAGAGAUCCUUGCAGAAUUUCGACAUCGGCGGUGCCUCCGAACGGUUACCUGAACCAUUGAUCGUCGCGUUUGGAGUUUUGAAAAAAGCAGCAGCGGCUGUUAACUUAACCUUCGGCUUGGACCCGGAGGUUGCGCGUGCUAUCCAGCAAGCGGCGCAGGAGGUGGUGGAAGGCUCUUUGUCGCUGCACUUUCCGCUUGUAGUGUUCCAGACUGGCUCCGGAACCCAGUCCAAUAUGAACGCCAACGAAGUUAUCUCCAACAGAGCCAUCGAGCUUUUGGGUGGUGUGUUAGGCUCAAAGAGCCCGGUUCAUCCAAAUGACCACUGCAACAUGUCCCAGUCCUCCAACGACACCUUUCCCACCGUCAUGCAUAUCGCCGCGGUCAUGGAGAUUGUCAGCAAGUUGUUGCCUUCUUUGACCGAGUUGAGAGAUGCGUUCCAGGCCAAGUCGGACGAAUUUUCCAGCAUCAUCAAGAUCGGGAGAACCCAUUUGCAGGACGCCACGCCGUUGACCCUCGGACAGGAGUUUUCGGGCUACGUUCAGCAGUUGACCAACGGGAUCGCUCGCGUCGAGGCAACACUUCCUCGCUUGUCUCUCUUGGCACAGGGUGGUACGGCCGUGGGUACCGGCUUAAACACGCCGCUAGGCUUUGACACCGCCAUCGCCGCAAAAAUCUCUGAGCUCACGGGCUUGGAGUUCCGCACGGCGCCAAACAAGUUUGAGGCCUUGGCGGCCCAUGACGCCAUUGUUGAGGCCUCCGGUGCCUUGAACACGCUUGCUGCUUCGUUGUUCAAAAUUGCAAACGACGUUCGGUACUUGGGGUCCGGGCCAAGAUGCGGUUACGGCGAAUUGUCGCUCCCAGAGAACGAGCCUGGCUCUUCCAUCAUGCCGGGGAAGGUCAACCCUACUCAGUGCGAAGCCUUGACCAUGGUGUGUACUCAAGUGUUUGGCAACAAUGCCACCAUCACCUUUGGUGGCGCCCUGGGUCAGUUUGAGUUGAACGUGUUCAAGCCGGUGAUGGCCAAGUGCUUGUUGUCCUCGAUCAGAUUAUUGGCAGACUCCUGCAGAUCGUUCAGAAUCCACUGCGUGGUCGGCAUCAAGGCCAACGAGGACAGAAUUGCCAAGUUGUUGAACGAGUCGUUAAUGUUGGUGACCGCCUUGAACCCGAAGAUUGGAUACGACAAAGCGUCGCAGGUGGCGAAGAACGCCCACAAAAAGGGCAUCACAUUGUUGGAGUCCUGUUUGCAGUUGGAGGUGAUGAGCGAGGAGGAGUUCCACCAAUGGGUCAGACCAGAGAAGAUGAUCGGCCCGAAACAGUAGGGAUAGGUGAUUCUAACGAUUGCACGGGUACAAGUUUUUGUUAUUUUUAACCUACAAAUAAUCCAGAUUUGUGUUGGUCUCAAC